AUGUCUCGUGGAGGCAUCAACGCUGGCGAUUCGAAGCUCGUCUUCGAGUCUUCCGAGGAGGUCAAAGUUGCGCCGACCUUUGACGCUUUGGGGCUCAAGGAGGAUCUGCUGCGAGGUAUCUACGCAUACAACUUCGAGCGCCCCUCAGCGAUCCAACAGAGGGCUAUUUUGCCCAUCGUGAGGGGAAGGGAUGUCAUCGCUCAAGCUCAAAGCGGAACGGGAAAAACGGCAACUUUUAGCAUCGCCCUGUUGCAGAGCAUCGAUACUAGCUUGAGGGAAACGCAGGCGCUGGUACUUAGCCCCACAAGGGAGUUGGCAACGCAGAUUCAGAGUGUCGUGCUGGCCUUGGGGGACUACAUGAACGUGCAAUGUCAUGCUUGCAUCGGAGGAACCUCUGUGGGCGAAGACAUUCGCAAGUUGGAGUACGGGCAGCACGUGGUCUCUGGGACACCCGGCAGGGUAUUCGACAUGAUCCGCAGGAGGCAUCUUCGUACAAAGAACAUCAAGAUGCUCAUUCUGGAUGAGAGCGACGAACUUCUCAAUUUGGGCUUCAAAGAUCAGAUCUACGACGUGUACAGAUACCUGCCCCCAGCUACUCAGGUAGUGCUGCUCUCGGCUACGCUGCCCCAAGACGUGCUCGAGAUGACUACCAAGUUCAUGACAGAUCCAAUCCGUAUCCUAGUCAAGCGUGACGAGCUAACGUUGGAAGGCAUCAAGCAGUUCUUUGUAGCGGUGGAAAAGGAGGACUGGAAGUUCGACACACUCUGCGAUCUGUACGACACGCUCACCAUCACUCAGGCGGUCAUCUUUUGCAACACGAGGAGAAAAGUGGAUUGGUUGACGGAAAAGAUGCGGGAGAAUAAUUUUCAAGUCAGCAGCAUGCACGGCGAGAUGCAGCAAAAGGAGAGGGAUGCCAUCAUGGCCGAGUUUAGGCAGGGUGCUAGCAGGGUGCUCAUCACCACCGAUGUGUGGGCGCGAGGCAUAGACGUUCAGAACGUGUCGCUGGUCAUCAAUUACGAUUUGCCUUCGUGAGUGCUGGGCGAAUUGAACUUGCGUCGAAUUCAGGUAGCUCACGGAACUGGUGCCCGCGCUUCAGCAACCGCGAGAACUACAUCCACCGCAUCGGUCGAUCAGGUCGUUUCGGGCGCAAGGGUGUCGCGAUCAAUGUGAGUGAUGUCGAGCUCGCAAAGAGGCUGCAAAGGGCGCGCCGAAGCUCACGAAUCUCGUUCACCACCUUUUGGUCCGCAGUUCGUCACAGUGGAAGACGUUAGGAUUCUGCGAGAUAUCGAACAGGUCAGUCACUGUGCUGCUCUGCGAGCGAUGGGGCAGACGAGCUAAAGUGCUCGCUUCGUCUUACCUCCACCGUCCA